ACUACAUCCGAUUCGCGCUAAAAGUUCCUGAAUUCUUUCUCUAAACAUAUUUGACAAGUUUGCUGCAGAGAGAGCAGGCAAAAACGGCAUGAAAAACGCCAUUGGCGGAAGCGAGCUUGACCCAUUUAUGACUAGGUGCAGUCUGUUCGCCACAGGAACCGGCAGAGGAAAUUAGCUACGGCCAUUUCUGUUAUCAGUUUUUUGAGUUACAUGGCAUUCCGAAGCGCGAUCUUAAUACUUUUGCUGUGGACGAGUGACACGUAUCGAGCGGAAGAUAUCGAUAAACAAUGGACGCGCCUAGAGCACAAUUUUCGACGUUUGAUAAAUAGUGGCUAUCAUCGUCUAGAACCUUUUCUAGCUACUAUCUUUUCGCAAGCUUCGAAAAACUGUUCCAGAGAUUUAAAUCGUCUAUUAAAUGGUAUCAAAAACAUGGAACCGUGGGCAUUUACUAUGCUAGAUGCAUCAGCUAAACCCACAGAUGGAAUGAUCAGUGGCUCGUUAACUUCUCUCGGUUCUUACGAUCAGUGCAUCGAUAGCGAGAUUCCUUCCUCUGAUUCUUUGCAUCCAAAUUUCAGUGGACAAUAUUGCACAAUAAAAAUCAAACCGCCACUUCCACCUCGGCCUAAAAAGUAUCGUUUAGACAAACCUCUAGAAAACUUUUCUAAUGUGUCGUCAAAUAAUAGCAUUUUGGCAUCGGCCAGCCAAAUGGCUCAAGUCUUCUACUACGUUUCGUUCAGAUACGGCAUCUGCUUGCCAUCGACGUGCAAUGGCAAAGAUGUAGAGAGCUUUGCAAGGAAAGCGGGAGAAAUAUUUCGACUGAAUAUCACAAUACCUCAAUGCGAAACAAAACAACAUUUCACAAUGCAAACGUUCCAAAUAUUGCCAGCAGUUUUCAUUGGAUUACUUUUAUCGAUGAAUAUAAUAGGUACUUCUAUGUAUUUAUGUAAAAUGCGAGCACGACGUGCAAAUUACUACGAUAAUGUUAAAGUGAAUGAAUUUCUAGAAAAUUUCAAUAUUUUUCGAAAUGGCAGGAAGAUUUUGGAUACGACUCAUUCUUCGGAUUCGCUCGAUAUUUUGCAUGGAAUGAAAUUUUUAACUAUUACUUGGAUAAUUCUAGGACAUACUUACAGUAAUACUAAUUUCGAACUUGUGCGUAGUGUGUUAUCAUUACCAAAGUUUCCAGAUUCUUUUCCCUUUACCGUGAUCAUGAACGGAACUUUAAGCGUGGACUCUUUCUUUUUUAUCAGUGGUCUUCUUGUAACUUAUACAGUGAUGAAAAAAUGCAAAGAAUUGAAAACUAUCAACAUUCCUUUAUUCAUAUUCCAUCGAUAUUGGAGAAUUGCACCUGUUUUGAUUAUAACGAUAUGUAUAUUAUUUUUUGUGCCGUGGAUGGGAUCCGGUCCUUUAUGGCACGAAUUAGUGGAUAAAGAAAUUACCGCUUGUCGACACAAUUGGUGGACCAAUGUAUUAUUUAUUAAUAAUUUCAUUUCUUUAGAUGAAUCGUGUUUGGAGCAUACUUGGUUUUUAGCCUGUGACUUUCAAUUUUAUAUUUUGUCCAUCCCUGUUUUGUUAUUACUUCUACGAUGGCCAAUUAUCGGAAUGAUAGUUAACGUGAUUUUAAUAAUUUUAUCAAUGGUAAUCACGGGAUACAUUACUUAUGUAAGAAAUUUUACCCCAACUAUUCUGAUAAUCUAUUCUGAUUCUGAAUUCAGGAAGAACCUUAAUCACGAAUUAUAUUUUAAACCUUACGCUCAUGCCGGACCAUAUUUUGUUGGGUUUGCUGUUGGAUAUUUUGUGGAAAAAUACAGCACUUUGAAGACUACCAAGAGAGUUAACGUAUUUGGCUGGUUAGUUGCAAUUGGAUUUAGUUGCUUGUCACUGUACGGUGUUUACGACUGGAACAGAGGAUAUUUACCGGGAACAUUUAUAACUGUUCUUUAUGCCUCCACUCACCGAACUGCUUGGGCAUUAGGUUUAGCUUGGUUAACGAUAAUGUGUUGUACAGAAAACGGAGGUUUUGUCGCAAAAUUGCUGUCGUGGAAAGCCUUGAUCCCUUUAAGUCGGUGCACGUUUAUAGCUUAUUUAAUACAUAUAUACGUUCAGAUGCAUUACGUUGCAAGAUCUAGAGCAAUGGUGUUUGCAGAUCAUCAAGUUUAUAUUUGGUUAUUUUUCGGAAACCUCGUAAUCAGCUUCAUAUUGUCAUUCGUUGGAACAAUCUUAUUCGAAGUGCCUCUACGUUCUCUGGAAAAACACCUGUUAACCUUCUCCAUUAAACGAAAAAGUUCUUCUUUUACUCUACCCCAAUCUGAAACGAAAAUUGAAAGUAAAAGUCGCAAAGAAAUGUCAUAUUGUUAAGUUUGACAAUAGAAUUUCAUUUCUUUAGUGUUUAUUUGCAUAUUUUAAACUCAUUAUCAAAAUCAAAAACUGCGACCAUUGUUAAAACAUAUCUGUACUUAUUAUUAUUAUUUUUUUAUACCGUAUAACUAGCGUAAUCAUUAAACUAUAACCUAUAAUCAUUUAAUCAUUAGUUAAACUAAUAUUGUCAUUUUAUAUUAUUAUUUUUUAAAA